AUGCCGGGCGACAAGCGGCAGGUUGCUGCGUUGCUGGGCGAGCAGGAGGCUCUGGGGGCGAACUGGAAGUCCGCACAAUGCGUGACGUCGCUCUACGACUCGUACAUCCAACUGCAGCGCGAGAAUGAGGCCUUGAAGGACGAAGCGCGGCGGCUCCAGCACGAGAGCGAGCUGCUGGCAGCCCAGGCCAAGCAGGACAAGCUGCGCGAGCCAGAGCACACAAAGACUCAGGAGCUGGAGCAGGAGGUCAAGCUGCUGCAUAGUGAGAAGCUGAGGCUGGAACAGGCGCAUCGCCUGGAGCUGCAGAAGCUCGAGGCCCGCGCUGCCAGCAGCGAGACGCAGCACCAGCAGCUCGUGGCCAAGUACCAGGAGCGGUUCGAGUUCGACCCGCUAGAAGCCAAGCGAGCGGCGAUGGCGGUCAAAUCCAUGCAGAACACGCUGCAGAACGUGGUGCUGGAGAAGGAGGAGAUCGGCAUCAGGUACGGCCAGCUCAAGGAGCACUACAGAAAGUUCCACGCCGAGCAGCAGCAGCUCGUCGAGAGCUUGAGGGUGCAAGUGAAGGCCUUUGAGCAGCGGAGAGUCAGGGCGGGACAGCAGCGCGUUGUUAAUGCGCUCGCUGUGUGGUCGACGAAUAAAGUGCAGACUGCGUGGAGCAAGUGGGUCGUUCUGGUGAAGGAGAAGCGGCAGCAGGAGGAGAAGGAGAAGUUGAUGAGCAGCUUCGAGCGUAAAGCGCACGAGCGUGUGGAGAAGAUACGGGGGAAUCAAGCGGCGGUGCUGGCCAUGAAGUUGCUGCAGCAAUCCACCAGACGAACGUUUAUUCGGUGGAGGGAGUUGACUCGGAAGAACGUGGAGCGACGGCACAAGGGGGUAGUUUUCGCUGAGGAGCGGUCAAGGAAGAGCGUCCGGCGAGUGAUGAAUGCUUGGAAGGUGGAGAGUCAAAAGGCGAAUGAUUAUCGACGUGGCGCGCUGAAGGUGGAGCGAUUGGUGGCGUGUCAUCUGCGCCGCUGGGGUAUGCGGAAGUGGAGUGUUGAAACUUUCCGACUGGCGUUGGCGGAGAAAGAGCAGAAGCUGGAGGCUUUGACCGGUACGAUGGAAUUACAGGCUAAAGCGAUUGUGGAGCUAGAGAGCGCACUUGAUGAAGCUCGUAAGACCAACAGAGCAAUUAUUUCCCGCCACGAGGAAGAAAAAACAGCUUUUACUGCAAAUGUCGAGACUCAAAAGGCGACGGAACUGGCGAUUCGGCAGAAACUGGGACGGUUCUUUACCAAACAGUCCGACCGACAGCUACUGAAAGAUAUUCUACAUGAGUGGAAAACAACGGCAAAACACUUAAAGGGGAUCCACCAACGCUCUGAUCUGGUGCGAGCGAAGCUAAGGGUUCUCAAGCUCCGACGAUCCGUGUUCGACUGGCAUUGGACGGCGCGUCAAAGUCACAAGAAGCGCUUGCUAACACAGCAGAUCCUUGGUCGAAUGCGUCAGCUGGAGGUCCUCAAGUGCUUCAACUCGUGGAAAGAGCACGCUCUAAUGGAGAAGGCACGGAAGACAGCUCUGUUACACGCUGUGAACCGCAUUCGGAACCGAGGAGUAGCUCGAUGUUUUACGCAGUGGGCGGCUUUCCGAUCGGAGCGGAUCUCUCUUCGACGCGCAAUCGAGGUGCUGACGAAGUACGCGUUGAAACAGCAAGUGUAUUCCGUCUACAGUUUGUGGAGAGAGCGAGUGGCUCAAUACAAAAUCGAGGCUCAGAUACGGCAGCAACAGUUGAUUCAACAAGCUUGGGAAGCUCGCCUCGCCCAGACGAAGAGGGACGUGAACUUCCAGCGCGAAUGCUUCACUCGCUGGCAUGGUGUGGUGCUUCACAAGCGGAGGUGCAACGCCGUUGCGAAGAAGUGUGUGGCUCGACUGAGGAACGGUUCACUGGCUAGAGUUCUCGGCAGUUGGCGAGAGUUUGUUGACUGUCGUAAAGCGCAACGUGUUCUCGUGGGGCGAUGGAUUGCUCGUUGCCGGACCAAUGUGAUGCAGCACGCGUGGAGUCGGUGGCAGCGACAGAUUGUUCUCAAGGAGCAACAGCUUUUAAUCGCACGUCUUCAGCAAGAACGCGAAGCGGAGCUGAAACAAGUAGAAGCUGAGUUUGAUACAUUCCGGAAGACACAACAGGAUCUGCUCGAGAAAGCUGAAGAAGUGCAAGUGCAACAGGCGUAUCAACUACAGGAGACAGCAGCUCGCUUGCAGGAGGAGUAUAAGCGAGCGCAGCGAUUGAAUGGAGCUGUUAAAACCUUAUGCUUAACUCGAGAGAGAGAUUCGACGCAGCUUCGAUACUUCAAAGCGUGGCAACAGGUUGUACGGCAACAGGUUCGCCAUCGCAAGGCUGUAGAUACAUUCCGUUCCACGUUGGAGACUCGACAAGUUCGUAACGUUCUGACGGGGUGGAGGCACUUUGCAGCCCAACAGAUACGGCUAAGAGCUGUGUUGACGACAGUGCACUCGUGUUACGCAAAUUGGUGGCAAAUUCAGUGUUUCCAGGCUUGGAAUGAAGCAAGACGACGCAUCAGAGCGGUGAAGGUGUUUUCAACGUUAUUCGCUCGCAACUCGGAAGCUUUUAUUUGUCGCGAGGUCUUCUCCGAGUGGAAAAUCUUGGCACGGAAGAACCAUUUGCUGCGUCGAACACUGGAGCAAAUCUGGCUAACCUCCGUGCACGCGGAAAUGCGGCAACAAUUCACGCACUGGGUGGCGUUCACUAAAUCAGAGGCGGCGAAAGAGCAACUCGCCCAACGCAAUGUCGCGCUGACUGCUAUUCGAGCCAAGGUUUGGUGGAAACGAUCUGUAUCCAGCAUGCGGUUUUGCUUCUCCGAGUGGAAGUCCAUGGUGGAGGGGAAGAAGAAGCAGCGGCAAGGAGAGAGGAAGUUGAUACUGUUCCAGCAAACGCGGCUCAUGAUAGUGAGCUUUAAGGAGUGGGCGGAGUAUGUGACGAUUAAAUGUCGAGAGGAGGAGCGCAACCAGCGCUUCAUACGCUGGCUACGGAAGGUGGCGAGGCGAAAGCAGCAACGAGCGAUGUCAAUGUGGAAAAUGAUUCUAAUCAGAGACCAGAUCCGCCAUCUGCAGCAGCUGAAGGCGUUGCAAACUACGCAGCAGGAGCGACUACAGCUCCAAAGAGAAGAGAUAUUGUCGCUGGUACAAACUGCUUCAGAUGUGAAGAGUAAACUUGCUGAUGUCACCGAUGUACACGACGCAUCCACCUCAAAGGUGCAGUACCUGACGGAGUGCGGAUUGGUGGCGAAGUAUUUCAACGCACUGAAGCUGAAGGUUUCGAUUCGAAGAUACCAACGGCAGGCGGUUUACUUCAGCCACAAGAAUGCUCGACGGCGGUGCCUUGCCGAAGUGUUCUCUAACUGGUAUUCGUUCUCCCAGGAUCGUCGUGCAGUGAAGUCGGUUGCUGGUCAGAAAGCUAAGCGUUCUCAAGACGUGCUCUCUCGCAGCGUAUUACGGCAAUGGCACACUAUUGCACAUCAGCGUCGUGUUGUACAGCAGAAGCAGUACAAACUUCAGCAGCGGCUGCGUUGGCGUAUUCUCAAGAACGGUUUGGAAGAAUGGCAUCAUUUGAUUCAUCGCGAGAGAAAUAUCACCAUAGCCAUGGAUCAACUCGACAUUAUAGUUCAAAGAUGGACGCUGAGAUCCGCGCUGUCGCUAUGGUAUGAUAAAUGCCUCCAGGAGCGACGUCGAGUCCUUCAAGAGCAGGAGAAACACAGAAAAAUAAUGCAGUUCCUGAUGGGGCGACAAGAAGCUGGACUAUUGCGGACAUUUCACUCGUGGAAGGAGCUUUAUCUGUCGAAUCGAACACUUCGUUCUCAAGCGCAGCAACGUCACUCGGAGAAAUGCCACGCAACGAUCACGAAGUAUUGGCAGAAUUGGUGCUCGGUCGUACAGAAUACGAAGGCUCAACGGAAGUCGAUUCAAUGCAUGCAAGCGGUGACCACGCGAUACUAUUCCCGUGUCGCCAUGUCAAGAUGGAGGCGAUACCGAUUCAUGAGUCAAAUAGCGUCUCUGCAGUUUGGCAAUGAAGAACUAGCGGUUCAAGUCGAGGAGUCCAGUAAACGCUUGGCAAACGCAUCGUUGAGUGUCGAUAAACUUUCAACAGAGUUGAUGGAGCUGCAAGACAAACUCGAUGAGGCUGAGUCCAGAUCAUCAGCUGUAAGCUUGGAAGUCGAGGCGGCACGAAGCAGACAGCUGGGCUGUUUGAAUGCCUUGAGCACGAUAAUGUUGAAGAGAAUGGUUUCCAAGGAAGUAUCGGGAGCUUUCGCGACGUGGAAAACAAAACUAGUAGAGCUACGGAGCAAACACCGUGCGCUUGUCAACGUGGCUCAUAUUCGGCGGAGAAGAGCUCGAUUGCUCGCGUUUUGGCUGUGGAAGGUCAAGGCCCUGCGGUGGCGGCAGCUUGAGUCUCUGAGGAAGUUAUGGGGGCGACACGAUCUGCAGUCAACCAUCCGGCGGUGGAGGAAUUACGCUACAACUCAAGCUAAGCUCAGGUUAUUCCUCACGAAGCGCUGCCUGUUGUCGAGCUCAAGUCGAGGGCUGUCCAGUGCUAUCGCGUUCAGUCUCUGGAAAUCAAAGUCCGCACAGCUUACAGCGCUUCAACAGGUUUCAAAACUUCAAGUAAAACUCCGGACUGAGCAAGAUUCGAGCUCGACGCACCUACGAAGACUGACCCUUGGCAAAUGGUGCUGGAUCGCGUACCAUCAUCGUCUUCGUCAGAUGAGAUCGUUCCUCUCUCGGUGUCACGCCAACUCGAUCAAGAACGAUGCCACAAGACAUCGCCGUGUGGUCGAGCAGAUGCAGCAGAGCAGCGACGCUGCCCUAGCGAAGGUCAAAGAGCAGAGUGAAGCUAGAGCAAAGGAGGAAAUGGGGGCGUUGUCGGCUGCGGAGGAGCAAUUGACAGCUGGGGCCUCCUUCCAAGCACUGCAGACGCUUAUCCGUCGACUUUUCCAGCCUACGACUGUGAAGGAUCUGUUCGUGACUGUGAGCAGCACUUUUGCUCAAAUUCUGCACGGCAGCGCUGCAGUUCUCUUCCUGUUUGACCCCAGCAGCAACGAGCUCUGGACUCAACGCGAGGAAACCCAGCUCAUCCAGGUCCCAGCAUCUCUCGGAAUCGCUGGCAGCACGCUGUCAAGUGGAUCGACGCUGAUCCUCACGGAUGUUUCGUCCGAUCCACGGUUCCAUCCGAUGGUAGACCAGUUCGUGUUGAGCGGUCUGCGGCAGGACGAUGCGACUUCAACAUUGAUGAUGGCAACAUCUCGAUCGAAUGCGCACGCUGUCAAGCCAACAGUUGGAAUGGUGUCGUCAGCUCUCACAUCCCCCGAUGGAGCGGUGUAUGGUAUUCUUCAAGUGGCUUUCCCCACCUCAAGUCUCUCGUCGAUUGACCGUCGCGUGCGUGUUACCCAAACGCAGCUCUACAGCAAGACGUGCUGCUUCUACGUGGAGCAGCUAGUGUUCGAGAUGCUUCGCAAUUGUCGGGACCGCGUUCGAGCUCGAGUCCCAGAGAAGUUCAUCACACUGUUCAAGCAGAACAAGAACUGGAGGAGAUAUUACGCGGCGAUCGAGCGCAAGGCUGUUGAGCUGGAAAGCAAACUGCGGGAGGUGCUGGAUGAACGCGAGCAGUUAAUCCAGGCGAAGUCCGAUCUACAAAGACGCUAUCAGCAGGCCAAAGACAAGCUCGAGUCGGGUGAACGCAACACGAAAGACGUGAGCAAGCUGGUGGUGGACUGGAAGAAGAAGCUGCUCAAGUGGCAGAAGGUGCUCGACGAGAAGGAGCAAGCCAUCGCCGAGAAGACGAACGAGCUGGAAAGGGACCUGCAGAGUGUGCUGAAUUCAUCGCGGGCCGGAGACAAGCGUCCAAACUCUACUACGCUCGAAGAAUCGGACGACUCGGUUGGAAAGUCUCCAUCGCUUAGCGAUCGUGGUCAACUGAGCAUCCUGAAGGCGGAUCAAACACGGCUCAAGAGCCAACUCGUCCGUGCUGAAGCGGAUAACCUGCUUCUCGUGAAGGCCAUUAGCAUCGCUCGUACUCAACAUGGCGAGCUUCCAAGGACGAUUCAAGCGGAGGUGACGCGAGUCGCUACACGUGUAUCCCGUCGAGCACCACACGAAGCCUAG